AUGACAUCUCAGUGGCAUGCCUACGUCAAGAACCAAAUCCCUCUUCGCGUCCUUGUGAUCGUUCAUCGAAACAGCCCACUCUUCGAGCUUUCAGACAAUAUCGAUGCCAUUCGCGACUGUACGCUCACGUCACUAGGGGCUUCUGUUGAAAAUUCGAACAACCUUUCUUUGUCAACGUGGCCGAGCAGGACUGUGAUGGUUUUCGACCUUUGCAACAAAGAGUACAAUUUCCAGAAGGCACAUGAGCCUGAAGAUCUCCCAGUCUUAAUAGUGCAUUACUGUACCGCUCAGCGCAUCAAGAUUAGUAUUGCUGCAACCGCAGAGAAACUAGAAAUCAACCAGAAGGUUGCAGAGUCCCAUAAAUAUCAUGGAUUCAAAGCACUCCCAAUGGUUGAUGACCAUCGAAAUAACAAUAUCCCUACGUACAUGGACCCCCGCAUAUAA